AUGGCAGAUAAAUCAGGCGAACAGGCGCCCGAGGCUCAGGGGCGGAUCUGCGGCAUGAGCAACCAUACGCUUAAGACUCCCAACGUAACAAUUAAUGAUUCGAAAAUGCUAAAAUUUGCACGCAAAAUGAAUCCGGAUCUGCGGCACGAGACGCCGAUCUGCAUGGAGUGUUUCAGGAGCCUUGUCAAGGUCUACAGCAAGAAGAAUCAGGGGAAUAAAACUUCCACCUCUUUGGAUCCAAACAAGAGCAUUAGCGGGGAUACACACAAAACUAGCGCAGCGCACCUGAAUAUUGCUUCAGAAACGGCCAUCUCGCAGCUCUGUGGCCUGGGAACGCACUUGCUGAUGCUCCCUAAAACCACAAUUAAGGAUGAUUCGGGAUUGCUCGGAGUUGCUCGCUACGUCAAUCCCGAAAUGCGAAGUGCGACGCCGGUCUGCAUGGAGUGCUUCAAGAGUCUUGAGAAGUUGUACAAGAUGAAGCUGCAAUAUGCCCGGAAGUAUCGCACAAAAAAGGUGGACGACACCCUCGACGUUUCGGACGUGAGCUCAGAAAGUCUCGACGACUCUCUUAAUUUGUAGCAUUUUCAUUUCUUUAUAUCAUUACAAAUACAUAUCCACAAUUCGACCCUAAAA